UUGUUGUGAUAGUGAGCUCGCGAGAUUAGAUAAAACGAUAUGUACUAUUUCUAAAAAGACAAGAUGGGGACUUGUACUUUAAGGCUGAUCGUGUUGACGUUUUACUGGGCGGUCUGUCUGAGGCUAUGUGCGGGGGAUGAGUGUGAAGUGUGUGGAGGAUAUUUGAAUAGAUUUUACAACUCCCUUUUAGCAAGAAAUAUUAACUUUACCCCAGAUGUCAUAGAGAGAGAACUCAUUGAGGUCUGCAAAGUGUCAACAGGGAAAGAGAACCGACUGUGUUAUUACUUAGGAGCCACUAGUGAUGCGGCUACAAAGAUUUUGACUGAAGUCACACGUCCUAUGAGUGCACAUGUUCCUGUUCACAAAAUCUGUGAGAAGCUUUGGAAGAUAGACAUGCAGAUUUGUGAGCUGAAAUAUGAAAAGAAAUUGGACCUGGAAUCUAUAGAUUUAUCGAAGUUGAAGGUUGCAGAACUUAGGAAGAUUCUGGAUGGCUGGGGAGAAACCUGCGUUGCCUGCAUAGAAAAAACAGACUUUGUGAAUCUAAUAAAGGAGCUGGCUCCAAAAUAUACAAAUAGGAGCCAAAGAGCAGAUCUUUAAAUUCCUUCAAAGAUGAUGUCUAAGAGAUACCUUAAAGGGGCAGUGUACUGUAAAAAAAAAAAAUCCAGUGUGUUUGAUUUGUUAUACCAGCUGCAGAGUUUAAAAUGUAUGGAAAAUUGCUCCUUUAAGUAUAUUUUGGUAUAUGAAAUUGCUGUCCCUGCUAAUUCAAACCACAACGCAUUAAAAUGGGUUAAGCUUCCA